UUCUCGUCCACGGAGUCCUCGGAGUCGUGGCAGCACCGGGAGCGACGGCAGUGUCCGGACCCCGGUGAGGCGGCGGCGGAGCUCGGACGCGGCCCCGGCCCAGGUCACUGUGAACGGACAGGGCAGGACUUUGCUGGCAUCGCCUUCCUGAGCCCGAGUGUCCCACAGGGCCCAGCCGUGUCCUCUCAUCAUGGUCUCUCCACUCUGCCUCAACAGUGGUGGUAAAACCACCCCCUGGCCUGGGCUGAAAGAGGCUUUGCCAGCACCACUGAUGCCUCGAGAUGCAGCUUGUCACAAGGCAGAGAGAGGGCGAGUUCGGACGUGGAGGGUGGAUUCUGCUCCGGGGAUGGGAUUGUGGAGGAGCCCCUGGGUCCCCAGGAUUGAUCAGCAAACAAGAAAACGCCUUCUGGGUGAUUGCAGGGCCACCCCUGUGUCCUGUGGGGAGGGGACAGUGUCACCCCACGAGGACAGGGCUGGCAGGCACGAGGCUCCUGGGGCAUCUCGCCCUGGCAGUGGUUCUGCUCCUGCUCCUGGCUUUGGUGGUGGACGUGGCUGUGCUGGCAGUGAGAAGACUUGGAGAGAUUCCAGUCACGCCUGGGAUUCCAGAGUUUCUGGCCUGUCCCGAGGCCUGGGUCGGGUACAACAGGGUCUGUUACUACCUCUCGAGGGAUGAGGGGACCUGGGAGCAGGCUCAGAAUUGGUGCUCCGAGCUCGGGGCCUCCCUGGCUGUGCUCAGCGACAAUGAGAUGGGCUUCCUCUUCCGCCUCAAUGGCAACCUGGAUUACUGGCUCGGGCUGCGGAGACGGGGCGAGCGGCUGCAGUGGGUGGACGGCAGCAGCUACAACUCCUCGGUCCCCGUCCUGGGUGACUCCGAGUGUGUGUACCUGGGCCACCGGCGCUUCAGGAGCGGGCUCUGCUCGGCUCAGCGGCCUUACCUCUGCAACAGACCCCAGGAUCGCCUGGAAUAAACGGUGGGAAGGGGAUCUUUUCCUCCAUCCUGAAGACUCAACAGCUUUGCAUCUUCUCCCAGCACACCUCAGCUCUCCACCUGCCUUGCAGUUGUUUAUCUGCAUCACCUCAGAGCCUGGUGCCACGGAUACCUCAGUGCAACCCCUCAGGGUCACCUCAGUGCCUGGUGUGAAGGAGAUGAGCCUGCAGGGAGGGGAGAUGAUGUGGAAGCCCAUGUGUGGCUGCCUGAACUGGGGACUCUGGGUUUCUUUGUCCUUCUAGAACCGUCCCAGAACUCAUCCUGCUUCUCUAACAGUCCACAGUUGUACCCUAACCCUGUAUACAUGUAUGAUGCUGCCUAUCCGGAGUGAAGCAGGAGAUCCCACGUUCACUUUUGCAAUAAAACCUUGGGAAAUCCC